AUGGAAGCACCUACUGCCGCCUGCAUCAUUGGCGCAGGCCCUGGCGGAAUCGCCAUGGCAUAUAACCUGAAGCACAAAGUGAAGUGUGAUGAUUUCGUGAUAGUUGAUGAGAAUGCUGGAGCGGGUGGCACCUGGUUUCGAAACUCCUACCCUGGGUGUGGUUGCGACGUUCCAAGCCAUUUCUAUUCCUUUUCAUUCGCGUUGAAUCCGGACUGGUCGAGACCUCUAUGCGAGCAAGGAGAAAUCUUGGAGUACCUGAAUAACGUGAUCGAUAGGUUUAGCCUUCGAGGACAUUUGACACUCUCCACGGCUGUUGUCGGCGCAGUCUGGAUAGAGAAGCUGGGCUUGUGGGAGGUUGAAUUCAAAAAUGAGACAGGGUAUCAAUAUAAACGACGAUUCAACUUGGUCAUUUCAGCCUGCGGUAUAUUCAGCAGACCAAAGUACCCAGACAUUCCAGGAAUGGACACGUUCAAAGGCAGAUCCUGGCAUUCGGGAGCUUGGGACUGGAAUGUGAGCCUUGCCGACAAGAGAGUUGCUGUGGUUGGGAAUGGCUGCAGCGGUUGCCAAAUUAUACCAGCGAUUGCACCACGGGCUAAACAAGUUACGCACUUUGCACGCAGCAAGCAGUGGCUGUUCGAUCGUCCAAAUCAACCAUAUUCUGCAUUUUCAAAGUGGCUCUACAGGACCAUUCCCGGAUGGAUGCGGUGGAAUCGAUUCAGAACCUAUUUGGCCGUUGACGCUUUAUUCUUGGAAUACGUAAAGAACCCGAGAUCUGAGUUCCUUCGAGCUUCAAGCGAAAAGGAGGCUCGGGAGUAUAUGAUCAAGAAGACGCCGAAACGAUACCUCGACGUUAUCAUGCCAGAUUAUCCUGUUGGCUGCAAGCGACGCGUACUGGAUCCGGGCUAUCUAGAUUCGCUGCACAGGGACAAUGUGGCUCUCUGGUCGGAGAAUAUCAGCGCCAUUGACGAAACAGGUAUCCUGACAGAAGAUGGCACACACCAGCCUUUUGAUGUGAUUGUCUACGCGACCGGGUUUUACACACAGCAAUAUCUUUCGCCAAUGACCGUCAUCGGUCAAGACAACAAGACACUGACGGAGCACUGGAAAGAGACCAAAGGCUGCCAGGCAUAUAUGGGAACCACCGUUUCUGGAUUCCCCAACUUCGCUAUAUUAUUCGGGCCAAAUGCCAGCCCAGCACAUAACUCGGUCAUCUAUACGCUCGAGGUACAAGCCGAGUACGUAUGCAAGACUUUCAUGGAACCCAUCCUCACCGGACAAGCCCAAACUGUUGUGGUCAAGAGGAGUGCAGAAGACUAUGACUGUAACGGGAUCCAGCAGAAGCUCAAAGACAGUGUUUGGCACGCCGGAUGCACAAACUGGACCUUGGACGAAAAUGGACGAAACUGCACCAGCUUCCCAGGCUACGUCCGCUCUUUCUGGUGGAAGCUCUACUCUCCAAGGUUCCAGGACUAUAUUUUGAAGGGCAGCCAGCCACAAUGGCGAUGGAGGUAUCUAUUGAUGAAAGCAGAGCAGCACAAAGCUUUGAUUGCAACACUAAUUUCCUCAGGCAUCCUGGCUACUGCAACUUUGGGCUCGGGUGUGCUCGCGAAACAAAAAUGA